UAACAUUUUUGAAAGUCAAGUGUUGCAAUUAACACAACCCCAAUAGUCAGUGGACCAAAAUUGAAAUUUUCUCGUUUAAAAUUGAUUCGGCACUUAUUGUGUUUCCUUAUGCGUGUGGUUUAUUUGGAGUCACCCACUCAAAUCUCCUCGGAAGAAUAGCGACAGAGAAGAAUUCUGGAAUCAAUCUCCAUUCCAUCAUCUCGUCGCCGCAGCUCUUGUUUCUCCAUGGCCGACUCUUCGUCCAGGCGGUCGAAGCAUCUGAAGGGUUCUUCGUCCGGCGCUGCUCAAGAGAGAGUCAAGGGAAUUGUUGAGGAAUUAGCUCAUAUAUUCAAUUCAAAAUACAUGGCUGAUGAGUCUCAGCAGUGUAUAUAAAUCUGUCCUCUUGUACAACUUUAUUCAUUGAAAUACACAAAUCGACGAAUGUGAGAAGCUUAUCCAAGAUUCUUCUGGACAUGAGAAGGACGUGAAGAAAUGUGUUUUGCAACUUCACAAUGUACCAGGUGGAGCAAAAGUGUUUCUGUUUGUGGCCAAGUUCUGUUAUAAUAUCAAGACUAAACUCACAACAAUGAAUGUGGUCUCCCUUAAAUGUGCAGCUGAGUAUCUUCAAAUGAGUGAAGAUUUUGGAGAAGGAAACCUCGUUGCACAAGACAGGGAACUUCCUAAACGAAGUUCUCAGUUUCUAGGUGGACACAAUCAAAGCCCUUCAAAGCUGCGAGGUGAUGUUCCAAUUGAGCCGGUAUGUGCUGUUGCGGGUGAGCCGGUAGUUGUUGUAGCGGUUGAGCCGGUAGGUGCUGGCAAUGUGGUCGUACCUUUGCCACAGGCUGAUGAUGCCGAAGUUCCAGAUCAGCCCGCACAAUCAGCGCUGGAUUCGGAUGGCUCAGAUGUUGAGCCCAUUGAGGUUGAUGAGGCUUUAUUUCCCCCUCUGAAGAUUCGCUCUACUCCGAAGCACCUAGUUCUAGUAGGUGAUACAUACAUUUCACAUUCUUGUUCAGCAACUUCAUCUGUAAUGGGUGGUGCACUUGCAAUACAACAACAUUUUCAUAACUUUUUAAUUUGUGCACAAUAUUAACGCCGUUGGUCAAUAACAACAU